CGAGAGCUCCUCCCUUGGCGAUUUCGGCAAUCCACUUUCCAGAUUCGGCGAUCAGCUUUUUCCGGCCACCAUGGCCGGCCAACGGCCGCCGGACCCCUCCCAUCAUCCUCCUGACGUUCAGCCGGUUCUAUCGAGCCAUCACACGCCGGAAACAGCUGCUGGAAACGUCCCCGGCGUUGCUGCGAUCUCCAGCACUUUGCCUCCAUUUUUUCCGGCGUAUUCCGGCCACAACGACGCCCCAGCUCUCUUCCAGUCACUUCUCGGUGGACACACGAUUCUGGGAAGCCAUUUUGCAGGUCCAUCCGUUGCUGGAGUAUUGAGAUCGUAUCCCACAACCAUGGCGGGUCUCCAGGUCGGGUUGCCUCCUUUCUCCACCCUUCUCGGCCAAUCCAGCAUCGCGCCCCAUGCCCAAUCAUCUUCCUAUGUUCAGCCGCAGCGAAUAAGCGAAACCCCAGCCAUUUUGGUGCCCGGAGGCCUGAGCUCUCCUUCUAGUGCGUCCACAACGGUGAUAAUGGGCAAUCAUGCAUCAAGUCCUAAUCUUUCUAUCUCUCCCAGUGUUCAGGAUGUUUGUGGGGUUCCUUCUACUGAUGUGGUACCUUUGUCGCAGCCUUUGGACGUUGGGCAAGGUGCAAUGGUUCCUCCAAGCUCUCUUCCCUCAUGCACACCAACUGCUCGACUAAAUGUCUCAAAGGGGAACUCAACUGCUGUGACAGAUUAUGUGAAGAUCAAAAUCCCUCUUGCUGUUUUUUCCUCCUUUAAAUGGCAAGAAAUUGAUGGGGCUGAGCUCAAAGGUUUGGUGGAUUCAGAAUAUGCUUUAUUGCAUGUACCUUUACCUUCCAUGGAACAAUACAAACGUCAUAAUGUCCAUGGCGCUAUUUUUAUUGCACUUAUGGGACCAGAUGGGUCUGCCUAUGGAGAGGAUCCAAUGGAAGAGGUGCAAAUACGUCCUAUCACCCAACCUCAUUUGUUCCAACCUCACACUUUAGAACUUCCACAUGAAAGAAAAGCUCGGUUGGCUAAAGAAUCUGCCACUCCAGGUGUUUCUACGGCUGGGACUGCUAUGAUACCUCUUAAUGUUUCUAAGGAUAAGGAAGUGGCUGCCCAGACCCCUUCAAACCAGGCCCUUUCUCAUACUCCAAGUCUUUUGGGUCCUAGGCCUAUUAGCCCUUCACAUGUUGGAGGGGGGAAAGGGGUUUCUUUUUCUGGUGUUAGUGCAGCUCCUUUGCAACAUAAGGGUGAUAUUCCCCCUCAAAAAACAUUACCUAAAGACACUACGGUGGUGCAUGCUUCACGGGCAGUAGGAAAUCAGAACACUUCUAAGCCGUCGUUGGCCCAAGCUGUUGCAGGCCCUUCAGCCCCCAGCGCUCCAAAAUCCUUCGCACAAGCUGUGGCAGGCUCCUCCACGCCAGGUAUCUCUUUACGGGCUAAUGUUGCCCGCCCUUGUGCUAUUUUAUCUAAUGUGGUUGUGGAGGAGAAAGUCCCUACUUUUCAUAGAGGUACGCCGGCUGUUGUUUUUAAAAAGUCAGAAAUGCAACAACUUUCUCAAUUGGAUAAUUAUCUCUUGAUUGGUAAAUUUUCUCAUGGUCGUCCGGAAAUUGCCACAUUGAGGAAGUUGUUUGCUGCUCAAUUUAUUCUUAGGGAGUCUGUUCAGAUUAGUCAUCGUGACCCACGCCAUGUUAUGUUGUUAUUCACCCAUCCCCAAGAUUGUAAUGAUAUUUUCAUGCAAGGGCAGAUUCAGUUUAACGGACAAUUUCCCAUGCGACUGUUUAGGUGGUCUCCGGAAUUUAACGUUAAAACUGAAUCGUCUGUUGCACCGGUGUGGGUGACGUUUCCAAAUUUGAGGGCGGAUUUAUUUAAUGAGAGUGCCAUCCACCAACUCUGUAAACCCAUUGGGAGAUGCUUGAAAGUGGACGUGGCAACGUCCAGUUUCUCACGUCCCAAUGUGGCUAAGGCUAGGGUGGAAAUUGAUUUGUUGAAGCCUAGGAUUGAACAAAUAUGGAUUGGUUUUUCUGAUGCACCUGGCGAGGAGGAUGUGGGCAUGUUCCAGCCUGUGGAAUAUGAACGCAUCCCAAAGUACUGUAUGGCCUGUUUCAAACAAGGUCACGAUAAUUUGUCAUGCAAUACUUUGGCUCCUAAUCAGGAUCCGAGAGCUGUUGUUGUUGUUCCCCAACCUUCCACAGCUGUACCCAUGACUGCCCAACCUUCUCGACGGAGGCGAAGCAGGAGUAGGGUCAGGCGUCAAAGGGAGGGGAAAGGUAUUUCCAUUGUUGAUGCAGGUACAAGCGCUGGUGGCUCCCAAAGGGAGGAGUCACAGUAUGUAUGGAGAGAGAAGACAGCGAAAGGGUCCAGACCUAUUGAGGUCAUGGACAUUGAUGAUGUAGGUAAGGGGGAGGGACCCUCAUCUAGCUUGCAGGCCUUUGUGCCCACUUCUUCACAUCCCUCCCCGAAUGUUGUCAUACCUGAUGCUAGUUUAGUUCCUUCUACUAUUGUUAACGCCACGAGUCCCACACUUGUUGUGGUUGAGCAGUCGGCGUCCCAGAUCGUUGAGCCAUCUGUUCCUCCUACUGGAGUUGAGCAAGGCUCCGUUGUCGUUUCUUUGCCUCUCUCUACUUCUUCCUCUUCUCCUAUUGUCCAUUUUCCCGAUCCUCAACCCCCCGAGCUGGCCCUUGCUAUGUCUAAUACUUUUGAUGCUUUGGGGGAGAUGCGUGGGGACAGCCAUGAUGUCUGUGCCUUUAAUACAGCUGCAUCUUCCAUUCCUUCCAAUUCGGUGGGGAAGGAGGAUGACGAGUGUAGCUCACAGACUAGUGACGGGUCCACGGGUGACCAUUUUGAGGAUCCGACUGACAUUGCCCGGGAUCUUGCAGCGAGAGGCCUUUCCCCUGCAAGGGAGGCGCCAACUACUAGGGGCAAGUCGACUAAGAACGCCCGAAAAGCAACUGAGCAUAAGACGGGGGUGGUUCCUGCUCCACGCAGAGUCACCCGCUCCACUUCUUUGCGUAUCUUGGAGCCUAUGAAGGCACCCUCGCAGAUUGACUACUUUAGGACGCUGUUGGGUUUCACGGGAGCUAGCCCUCUUUGGUUAUCAGUGGUUUAUGCUAAAUGUAAGUACAGGGACAGGGAGCCAUUGUGGGAAUAUCUUAGAGAGACACACGCUGCUCUCCCGACUGACAUGGCAUGGGGGGUGGUGGGUGAUUUCAACUGUCUGCUCGAUCCUUCAGAGAAGAAAGGCGGCCGGCCAUAUGCUCCAGUUAAAUACCGGCCAUUUGUUGAAUGUGUUGAGGAUUGUGAAUUGGUUGAUUCUCCUUUCACUGGGGCGGAUUAUACCUGGUUCAACAAUCGAGUGGGUGGCGUGGAGAUUCGGAGCCGGAUUGACCGAUUGCUAUUUAACCGGCCAUGGAUGGAUAUGUUUUCUUGUUUGGUGCAUCACUUGGAUAGAGUUGGAUCUGAUCAUGCACCACUGUUGGUGGAGUGUAAGUCUCAUGAGCAUCCUCCCGCGCGGCCUUUCACUUUCCUUAAUGGAUGGAACCGAGACAAUUUCGGUCACAUCUUUGAUAGGCUUAAGGUGCUUGAGCAGGAUGUGCGGGACAUUGAGCUACAGUUGCAGACAGAUUCUUCCGAUGAGACCUAUAUCGAGUUUAAGCGGCGCUCUACACUUUUGAAGCACCAGUAUCGUAUUGAGGAUGAGUUUUGGCGACAGAAAGCCCAUGCGAAAUGGGUGACGGACGGGGAGAGGAACUCGGGGUACUUUCACUCUUUGGUGAAGGAUCGCCGGCGGAAGCUUUACAUUCAUCGCAUACAGGAUGAUCGUGGGCAGUGGAUCAUGGAGAGAGCUGCGAUUGCGACGCAGGCGAUUGCCUUUUUUCAAGCCAUGUUCACUGCAGAUCGUAGUGUCACAUCUUCGGCCUUAGACAUGAUUCCACGGCUGGUCACUGUUGAUGAUAAUGAGAGAUUAUGUGCUGUUCCGGAGAUGGAGGAGGUCAAGUCUGCAGUCUUUGCUAUGGAUUCUCUGAGUGCUGCAGGACCUGAUGGCUUUACUGGGGCUUUUUAUAAGGCUGCUUGGACGAUCAUUUGCACGGAUUUAUUGGCGAUGGAGAUGUGUCACGGGAUGAGGGUAGAUAAUGAAGAUGUCAUUCUAAAGCUGGACAUGAUGAAGGCCUAUGAUCGGGUCUCUUGGUUUUUCUUGAUGUCAGUAUUGCGCCGAUUUGGAUUUUCAGAGACUUGGAUCGAUUUGAUCUAUCGGGCCAUCUCGAAUAUAUGGUACUCAGUCAUUAUUAAUGGGAUUCGAGAGGGCUUUUUUCAUUCGACGAGGGGCCUGCAGCAGGGUGACCCACUCUCUCCGUCCUUGUUCAUUCUAUCAGCAGAGGUUCUUUCUCGCUCUUUGGCCCAGCUGUAUACAGAUCCUGCAGUUUUUCGGUUCACACAGCCUCGUGAUGCCCCACAUAUUCAUCAUCUUGCCUACGCCGACGAUAUUGUUAUCUUCACUUCGGCGAGGGGGAACACCUUGGAGAGGAAGCGCAUUCAUUACUUUGAGCCUGUUUUGAAGAAGAUGCGGGAUAAGUGUUGUGCGUGGAUGGGGCGCUACCUCUCUCCGGGGGGGAAGGCUAUUAUGAUUAAGAGUGUUCUACAGGCGAUCCCGACACACUUGCUUGCUGCACAUUUCCCUCCCAAAGCGGUGAUAUCCAAGCUCUGGUGGAACUUUAGGACACAGGACACUAUUUGGACGGCAUUCAUGAGGGCUAAGUACUGUAGCCGCGUCCAUCCUGUGUCCAAGCAGCGUGUUGAUGAUGAUUCGCACACAUGGAAGCGCAUGCUAGAUAUUCGAGCUUUGGUUGAGCCUGUGAUUAGAUGGCGUGUACUCUCUGGCACGUCGAAUUUCUGGUGGGAUACAUGGUCUAGACUGGGUGCCUUGCAUCGCCAGGUCGAUGGCUGCAGUGGGUAUUGGACUGAUGAAGUGGGCGAUAUGUAUCGCUCUGAUUUUAUGUUUGACCAUGAUGCCUUGCCACCUGACCUCCUACGGCAAUUGCGCCUUGAGCCUCCAUCACUUGUCUCUGAUCAUGCGGAUAUUCCAAUUUGGACUCCCUCUACGGAUGGGAAGUUUACUCUUGCUUCAGCUAAGGAGCUGCUUAGACCGCGGAGGGUUGAGGAGGUUGAGGAUACUAUGUUUAAGAGAUGCUGGCAGCGGCACCUGCCUUGGAAGAUGUCCUUCUUGGUGUGGCGCAUGAUGGAGAGGCGCCUUCCCACUGAUGAUGUCUUGGCGAGAUUUGGGCUUGCUUUACCCUCUCGAUGUUUCUGCUGUUCGUCGCCAGGACGGGAGACCAUUACACAUAUUCUCUAUCAGGGGAGCAUGGCGCGGCGUGUUUGGAGUUAUUUCACAGAGAUUGCCCAUAUCAGGGGCGCACAUCACAGUUUGAGAUCUGUCGUGAGUAUAUGGUGGGCGCAGAAGCCGAAGAGCAGGAUGCUCUCGUUCCUGUUCCACCGCCUGCCGAUGAUCAUUCUUUGGGAGCUUUGGACGCACUAUGCUGCGUGCAAGUAUGGGGAUGCUCGGCCCAACUUUGCACGCAUUAUCUUUCGGGUGGCUACGACGGUGUCGGAGUGCAUCUAUCGUCGUUGGCCUGGCGGAGGUCUAUUGCCUCCCCGCUGGUCGGUAAUAAUGGAGCAUGUUCGACGAGGAUCUGGACGCAGGAGGGUGGUGCCUAUUCGGUGGGUCCCACCGCCGGAUGGCGCCGUCAAGGUGAAUGUGGCGAGGGCCCCGCUCCGUGGGGCAAAUGCAGCGAUUGUGCGCGACUCUACAGGUAAGUUUCUCUAUGCUCUUUCUUCUAUUGCUUUCAGGUGGGACCCAGUGGAGCAUGGAGGGAUGGACGUGCUUCUUCGGUGUAUUCAGUGGUGUAUAUCCCAGUCCUUCUUGCGCAUCCACGUGGAGUCCCACCAUUCAGAGUUAGCUUGCUUCUUUAGGGAGGGUACUCCGUGGUACCUUCAUGAUGUUUAUGCUAGACUGCGUUUCCUCUGUACUAUUGCGACGGUCCAGUGGUUUCAUUGUGACGUUCGGGCGAAUGGCCCGACGACUGAGUUGGCAUUGUGGGCCGUGGAUAGUGCAGAGGGGACGCAGGAGUUUACUAAUAUGCAGGAUCUUGACAUUCGGCCCGGGCAGAGGUGGCUGUCCGGUAAAGGCUUUAUCCAUCUUGCAUCACAUCUGAGUGCCUUAACGACCGCGCCUGCGGUCAAAAGGCGCACGUACGCGUCCGCGGUAAAGGAUGCCCGUCAGUGCUUGCGGAUUGAGGAUUUGAGCACCCGUGGCGCACACGGAAAGCGAAUUUUCGCCCUUUUGGGCGAUUUGCAAAUUCCGGCCGCCAUGGCCGGCGAUCAGCCGCGCCACCCACCCAUCCCUGACAUCAAGACGAACUCAGAGCACCCAAACUUCCCUGAAAAAGUCGCCGGAAAACGCCAGGUCGAAGGAGGCGAUCUCCUUUCUGCGGCGCAAUUUUUUCCGGCCGUCACACUAAUCGGCGAGGCUCCCAGCUGCUCCUAUCUUGUUCCUGACAUUCAUACGAGUCCAACGCCACCGGCCGUGCUUCAUUUGGACGCCGGGAACGCCAGAUCGCCGCUGCAACCCGUCACGGCGGUUCUCGGCGGGUCGACGUCAAUUCCGGCCACCACCGGCUCAAUUGGGGUCGGAAAUUUUGUGCAAAACCUUCCUGGACCUUCCACCAUCACUUUUGGAUCAUCAAUUGUUCAUAUUGAUCAGGAGAAUCAAAACACCCAAUUUCGGCCACCUAGGGUUUUUCCGAGCAAAAAUCCUUCAAUUCAACACGCUACAGGCGAAAUUGGAAAUGGAGACUUGGAUAUUCGAGAUCCUCACAAGAAGACGGUUCGAACGGCGUUGGUCCCGCCUGUUUCUGCUCCGGUCAAUUUUCCGGCGACGGCGGCGCCGGCCACCGGGAAAAAUCUUGAAAAUCCAAAUCAUCCUCCUGAACCCAAACAACAUCCUCCCAGCCUCGCUCAAGUGGUUUCAGCUUCCAAUCGCAACAAAGUUCCUACGCCUGUUACGGAGCCGUUUCCUGAUCGCGAGGUCACAAUUCAUCGGGGUUUGCCCGCUGUUCGUUUCAUGCAGUCUGAGGUCAGCCAACUUCCUCUCAUUGACAAAUAUAUUCUGGUUGGCAAAUUCUCUCAUGGGCAACCUAAACUGGAGGUAAUCAAGCAAUAUUUUACUACUAAUUAUGUCUUUCGUGGAUCUGUUUCUGUUGGAUGGCGGGAUUCGAAGCAUGUUUUUAUUAUGUUCUCCAACUCCCACGAUUGCACAAAUCUUUUGCUAGAAGGCACUAUUAUUUUCAAUGGGUUGCACCCUAUGCGUUUAUUCCGAUGGACACCUGAUUUUGAUCCGGAGUAUGAGACCUCAUUGUCACCUGUUUGGAUUUCCUUUUAUGGUCUCCCUCUGCAUAUGUUCAAUUUUCAUGCAUUGUCCUUGAUCUGCAAACCCAUUGGAAAAUUGCUGGGUGUGGAUAGUGUCACUUUAGCUAAGGCAAAACCACAUGUGGCCCGGGUAUGUGUUGAAAUGGAUUUGCUUCAGCCUCGGCUGAAGGAAAUUUUUGUGGGUACCUCGGAAGUUGUGGGUGAUGAAGAUUGUGGUUUUGUCCAGCCGGUAGUGUAUGAGAAGGUUCCAUUUUAUUGUGAUUACUGCUGGCGACAGGGCCAUUCUCUGGCAAGAUGCAAGCUGAAGGAUAUUUCCCCACCUCUUACUCCAAUUAAAAAGCCCACACCUCAACACCCAAUCCCUCCCCCCAAGCCGAAUCCUCAACCCAAUCCUACUUUUCCUAAGCCUAUUGAGCCUAAGCCCAAUGAGCCCAAGCCCAAAACCCUUAAAUCCCAUCCCUUCCCAAUGUCCCUUGGCCCAUCUCCCAAACCCAAGAAUCCAAGCACUCCACCUUCAAAACCCACUUCUGACUGGCAGGUAAAAUCGGGCAAAGGUUCUCGACCCCCCACUUCGGAGGAGUUAAAAUUGCUAGAGACAUCUGACGAGCCUGAGGAGCCUGCUAAAGAUCUUGAGUUUGAUGCCUCUUCCCUCCCCUUUGCUUCUACUGAUAUUGAUUUAGGGAGGAGGAGGGAGAAAACCCCUCGUACUCCUGCGGUCCGCACUCCCAUGAUCUGCACUUUGAACCGUUCGGCCAACACCAUUCCUUCGAAUAGGGAUUUUGCGCCCUAUCCUUUGUACUGUCAGGAUCCCGGUCCUUCGUACGAGGAUGAGCAUGAAGUCCGCUAUCAUUGUGAUGGUCGUAGGUACGGUGAGGAUUCCGACCUUUCAGAUGAGGACGACGAUGACUUGAUCUGGGAAGAGGAGCAGGAAGACAUUAAAUAUAAAUUUGAGCCCAAAUCCAAAGUUGGAUAUUAUGGGAAUGAUCUUCAGCCUUUUCAGCGGGACCUAGAGGCGGCUGGGUUGUCCCCGCCGCGGAACUACAGGAAGACACGCUCGAGAUACCGUGCUUAUGAGGAGCGGUUCUUGGGCUGAUUUACUUUCCCGGAAGGCUUGACUGGGUAG